GAUUCCGGAACAUGGAUUUUAAGAACUCAAUUAUUUUUGUAGCACUUUGUCGGUAGUCCAAUAAACUGACUCCUAGAAAUCCAACGUGUUUUGUACGCUUUUAUCAGACUUUCAACCGGCCCGACGAAAGUGCGCCAAAUUAUCGGUCUAUCGGUUAUUGCUGCAUCGAGCAGGUGCCAUCGCUGAGCUUUGGACGUAAACAACACAACUGCGUUACACGGAAAGUCAGAGAAAAGUAGUCCAGGAGCGGCACAGAACGUAGCCAGAAUAACAAAGAUUUGAGCGCGUGCUCCAACAGAAAUGGACGUGGAGGAGGAUUGCAUGGCCAGCGGGACGGCAUCCGCCUGCAAACGACUGAGGAGGAACACGGAUUCCCGGGAAGACGGCCAACUGGGAGACACAGCGCAGGUUGGCGAGGAGAAAACUGUCACCACAAACCAGUCCGUAAUUAACAGCACCACAAUCACAACCAACAACAAUAACGAAGAGGGCGACAUGCUGGGCAAAGAACAUUCGGUGAAGGUGGAGAAGGAGGAGCCGGAAAAGACACAACCGAAAGAGGAGCAACCAGAGGAAGAGCAGACUGUCAAAGAACAGCCAGCGAAGGAUCAGCCGGAUGAGGAGCAGGCGGGCCCCUCCUAUCUGGAGUGUCAAUUAUCACCGCACGCCGCCAGUGCCGUGCUGGCUUCCAAUAAGCCAAAGCCCGAGAGUAGCACUUUAACCAUCGACAGCGAUGAUGAGCCAUCUACGCCGCGGCCUGGUGACGCUUCCCCAGCAGUCACCUCUCCCAGGUUCAACCCGCGCAACAUCCCGGCCACACGCUCCUAUCGCCGCAUCAACAUAGAGCUGGUGGGCACGGUGACUGACUCAGAUACCACUGACUCCGACAUACACGACUUGCAGGAGGAGGAGGCGGAGGAGUGGGAAACUGAGAACACGAACUCGGAUGUGGAUACCGAUGGGCAGGUGGCCGCAGCGGAGGUAGAUCAGCUUGUAGUCGAGUCCGCUGAUGAAGAAAGUUCUUCGCACGACGGCUGGGUACACCGCUUUGACCUUUCUAGUGAAAAUGACCUAACAACAGAGGAUGAGGUGGAAUUAAACGAACCAGAAGCCAAUGCCGCUGACCGUGAAAAAGUCGACAGCGCCGUGGACGGGGAGAUGUGCAAGUGCAAGCCUGCGUAUGCCUGGAACUGCGCUCAGGAGGUGAUGAACCGGGAGCAUAACAUUAUAAACCGGAUUGGAUGGCGUGGCGGCCACACUUCGGUCCAGAGCUUUGGCCAAGGAUAUUACGGCUCUCGACAGGUAGUGGAGCAGAUGACGCUGCUUAGUUCGCUGAACGGUCACGAUGGUUGCGUCAACUGCCUGAACUUUAACCGGGCCGGUGAUUUGGUUUGCUCCGGCUCCGAUGAUUUAAACAUCGUCGUCUGGGACUGGGCGAACGAAAAACCGCGUCACACUUUUCGCUCCGGCCACAAUAUGAACAUUUUCCAGACCAAGUUCAUCGACAGCGCCGGCUGCCUGGACAUCGUGUCCGCCAGCCGGGAUGGGCAGGUCCGUCGUGCUGUCAUCCCGCCCUCCGGAGGUGCGACCAAACCGAUGCGCCUUUAUACACACAGCGACUCGGUGCACAAGAUUGUGCUGGUGCCGCACAGCCGUCACGAGGUGAUGAGCGCCGGCGAGGAUGGGGCUGUCAAGCACUUUGAUCUGCGCACCAGCAAUGCGGCCACCACAAUGCUGCGCUGUGUUUACCACGACGCAAACGAGAGUGGCAGGGUGCGCCUGUUCAGCAUCGCCCAUCAUCCGUUUGCGCCGGAGUUUUGCGUUAGCGGAUCCGACGACAAGCUGCGGGUCUAUGACAAGCGCAAGCUGACAAAGCCCACCUUCGAGAUGACCCCCGCUAUUUGUGCCCAGGACAAGAUCACGCAAAUUACCUGUGCCGUCUACAACCACAGUGGAAGCGAGAUCCUGGCCUCGUACAGCGAUGCGGGGGUUUAUCUAUUCGACAGUCGCAACUACAAGGACGGCGAGUAUUUGCACUGCUAUGAAGGUCACAUCAAUACCCGCACCAUUAAGGGAGUGAACUUCUUCGGCCCAAGAUCCGAAUACAUCGUCAGCGGUAGCGACUGCGGCAAUAUAUUUUUCUGGGACAAAAACACGGAGGCAAUCAUCAACUUCAUGAAGGGCGACCACGCUGGAGUGGUCAACUGCCUGGAGCCGCACCCUUGGAUGCCUGUGCUGGCCACCUCUGGCCUGGAGCACGACGUUAAGAUCUGGACGCCAAAUGGCCCGGAUAGGAACGGCCCCAACCCCGACUCUUUGAAACAGACGCUGCAGCGCAAUUUCAGGCGCAACAUUGUGGAUAGAGGGGACUUCGACAUUAACCAAUUCCAGUACUUUAUCCGAGGGUUUCUAGAAGGUUCGGGUACCCGUUCGCGUCGUUCUGCCAAUCCCAACCGAACCCCUUUUUUUCAACGCCAGGGGCGGCCGCGUCCGGACAACAAUUCCAGCACAAGCAGCAGCAACAGCUCCGAUGACACCAAUGGCGAGGGAGCCGCGGCCGCCGCUGCGCUGGACUCGCUGCACUGCCGCACGCAGUGAGGAUGCAACAGGCCCGCAUCCAAAAUCACAGGCGUGGAUGAGCUUCAAAAGCCGUCCUCAGCCACCGUAUAAUUUCUGAUAUAGAUAUGUUAGAAAGCGUUUCUAAAGCUGUGAAUUUGUAACCGUAACACAUAAGUGCGCAUGUUUUAAUUUAAAACAGGGUUUAAUAAAUGCUCAUUGAAAAGGA